AACGUGACCCUCCUCCUGUCCCAUGGUGCUCCGAGGUUGCUGGGACGACACCUUCAAAGACGACCCUCCCUCAGCGCCGAGCCACCACUGAGCGUUCAGCACAGCCGAGUGCGUGGGACUUGGGUCCAGCUUGGAAGUGGACUUCUGAGAAAAUAGACAAGAGGUCGACUCCACCCAACCUCGACUGCAGAUAGCAUGGCCUCAGCGAGCGGCUCGGGACAGAGCAGCUUCGGUCUCGGGAGGAAAAAGAAGAAUCCAGGACUCAUGGAUCAAUUUAGCAAAUUGUUUGGAGGAGAGAAGAAGAAGAGGAGCAAGGGCUCGUUCCGGGGUCACCUGACCUCCUCACCGCCGCCAUCCUCCGCCCGCCGCCGGCCCAAUGAAAACGCAGUGGUGCAUUUCUUCAGGACCAUUGUUUCAUCCCCUCGUCCUAAAUCCAGGUGGAGAGAACUCCUGGGCUUGGCCUCAUCGCCGCGUGCCGAGAGCACAAAGUCCCCGGUCAGAAGACGCAGGGACCAGAGCACGCUUUCCAGACUCUUCAACCUGUGAGGCUGUCAGCAGAGACCAGGAGAAACCAAGUCCCGUCCACCCCCCAAACGCUGGAGCACCAUCUUCUGAGCUCGCCACUGAGGGCCAAACCACAGACCCGUGUGUGCCGAUGGGACAAGAGGAGGAAACUUAUCAGGCCGGGGGCAGGGGGGGG